AUGCCGAUGGCCAGAACAGUUGCAAGAAGUCCUCUGGAGGCAGAGCAACUGCCAAGAAGAAACAAGGGGGCACAGAAGAAGACAAAAGAGGCCCAGACGCAGGAACCCGGGUACACUUGGAGUAGAGAACACUGUUACGGUAAGUCUCCCACGGUUUACAUAACGUUUUAUCUUGGACUGCCAAGGCGAUCACACUGUGGCCAGCGUUUCACUGUGGGGAUUGUCAAGGCCCUCUUCAUCGUGAUGGGCUCACUGCACAAAUACAAAAGACGGAUGACGAAGCCUUUUCAAAUAUCCAGUGUCAGCUUUUUCAAAGGCCCUGCUGUGUUGGUUGCGCUGUUUAUUGUGUGGGACAAUGUUGCCUGUUGUAAUGCAACAGAGGAUCAUGCCGUCUCCUAUCUCCACCACGGAACUGUGUGCUUCAAGUGUCCACCAGGAACAUACAGGUACAAACACUGCGCCAUGAACUUCACAUCCCCCGACUGCAGGCCGUGCCCCCCUCAAACCUUCCAGUCUCAUCACACACAAGCUGGACGCUGCCAACCCUGUCUUGACCAGUGCCUCCACGACACCAACAUGGUGGUUGUCCAAGCCUGCAGCGGAACAAGUGAUCUGACCUGCGAGUGUACAGGCGGAUAUUAUCUGUAUAAUGAUGGGUACUCUCACACGUGCAAGAAGCACACACCCUGUGAUAGUGAUCAGUUCACUUUACAAAAUGGCACAUCCACGUCGGACUUCGUGUGUUCCAUGUGCCCAGGGAAACAGUUCUACAAAGGUCAAGGUCAUUGCGUGUCGUGCACUUCCUGUGCAGCUCUGAACAAGACUCAACUGUCGCCAUGCACAACUGAUGAGGAUGCAACGUGUGACGUAGCACAGGACAUGUCUGUGACAGAGAUGACUGCACGCAAUCAACAUGAAAGUAACAACAUCCCUUUCAUCACUGCUGGGGUAUCCGGGGUCGUCAUCGUGAUAGUUCUGCUGAUGUUGUCUCUUGUAUUCUACCUUAAGAGAAGGAAGCACACCAUCGCUUUACCGCACAACGCAGAGAGCCCUGAUCCUGGCAAGCAUGAUCCCACAUCGACAUCUUUACCGCUUCUUCCUCCUCGACCAGUGUCGUUAUCUUCUUCCACGUCAACGUGUCAUCAUGCACAGUUCCCGGAACUUGCAGAUCCUAACACAUGGACAAAAGAAGUAUUUCUGAUAUUAUCCCGAACACUGACACGCAACUGGAAAGUAUUUAUGCGGAACUUACCAGGAGAUACUGACUUCAAUGCUAGUGUUCACUACAAGUGCGAGCAGGUGGAACUGGAUGUACAAGGUGUCCCUGAGCAGGUGUAUCAAGUCCUGCAGUGGUGGUCGGAGUCCCAGUAUGGACCAGCAGUUUCAGUGGACAGCAUCCUCUAUACACUUCACAAAAUUGGCGACUGUGAGGAUAUACAGAAGGGAAUCAUACAUAAAUGUUCAAAACUCGCUAGAAGUAAACCCAAGAAGAAGCCCAGCAAUAUCGACAAAAAUGACGUCAUGGUAGAAAGUGGGACAAUAAUGACGUCAUAGCAGACAGUGGCUCGACAAUAAUGACACCGUAGCAGACAAAGGGGCAAUAAUGACGUCAUAGCAGAAAAUGGGACACUAAUGACGUCAUAACAGAGAGUGGGUCGACAAUAUUGAUACCAUAGCAGACAAAGGGGCAAUACUGACGUCUCAGCAGAAAGUGGGACACUAAUGACGUCAUAGCAGAGAGUGGGUCGACAAUAAUGACGUCAUUGCAUUCAAUCAGAUCGGAGUAACAUCGCCAACAAACCAUUAGGAGAGAAAGUGGUUACAUACCUGUAUUGUCCUGCUGCUAAUAACAUGACAUGCAUAGGGUGUAUUCCAGAGAUAUCCAUUUGAUUUGUUCCACACAUGGGUGUCAAUAGUUCUGGAUAGACGGCAGAUAUUCUGUUAAACAGAAACUGUGUGUACAGUUUGACUUGAACAUAUAUCGAUGGCAUAGUGACGUGCCAUUUUAGCUGUAUUAUGAUGACAGGCGUGUUUGGUCGCCUACAGACAGUGGUCAGGUGUCCUUGACGCUCGAGUGUUUGCGCUCCUAAAGGAGAAUAUUUUGCACGUCCUAAAGGUUCUACUACACCAAAUCAGUACCAGUUUGGAGAGUGCGGUUUUCGUAGCCUUCAGUGCAGAUCGAGAGAUAUCUGCAGG